AACGUUCAUAUCAGAGCCUUCAUUGCUACUGCAGACACCUUCGCUGACUCCAGCUUGCAACUUGAACACCAGAAAUAUCAAAGACAAUAAUCCACCAAAUCUGCUGUAACAAUGCUGAGAGAGGCUGUAGCCGCCGCUGCUCUGUUGCUUCUCAGUGCCGCGGUCUUCAACAAGGUGGGUCCAGUGCAGGGUGAAGCACCAGCUUGUAAUCAGACAGAAUUACCUUGCAACAACGCAACAUGCCGAUGCUCCAGCACCGACGUCCCAGGCGGGUUCGAACUCAAAAAUACUCCGCAGUUCGUCGUUCUUUCCUUUGAUGAUGCCGUUACUGUCUCCAACUUCCCCUUCUAUGAGAAGCUUUCUAAAAACGUCAACCCCAACGGCUGUGAAAUUAAGAUGACUUUCUUCGUGUGUCACGAGAGUCUCGACUACACUUUGGUGCACAAACUUUACCGUAUGGGGCAUGAGAUCUCAACGCAUUCCGUCUCGCAUAAAUCUGACGUUGUGAAUUAUUGGCGUAACAUGACCAAAGAAAUGUGGACCAAUGAAAUUACCGACAUGAAAACGAUGCUCAUCAACUACGGCAAGAUACCUGCGGACGAAAUUGUGGGUUUCCGCGUACCGUUCCUCGAGGUUGGUGGUAAUCUGAUGUACGAAGUGCUACUCGAGAACGGCUUCAAGUACGACUGCUCAUGGCCGAGUCUCAAAUACACUCCCUGGUAUACUGAAUUUGGGGGUGAACCCUUGGGCACACUGUGGCCCUACACACUUGACUACAUGAGCAUUCAGGACCAAACAGUGGGUACAAAGCCAACCGACUCGUUCCCCAACAUGUGGGUGAACCCCAUGACUGACAUGCAAGAUAACAGGGGAGUAGAGUGCCCCAUGUUGGACCAGUGUGUCAGCGCGGAAGACGAGCUGGAGACCUCAGCAGAGGCCGUAUUGGAUCUGCUCAGACGGAACUUCAACACGCACUUCUACGGCGACCGCGCACCGUUCGGGCUGUACACGCACCACUCGUGGUUCCUCACCGACACUCUCAACAACGUCACCGUGCGCCAUGAUGGCUUCCAGAUGUUCCUGGACUACCUCAAAAGUUUCCCGCAAGUUUACAUCGUGAAUGUUCACCAGUUGAUCCAGUGGGUUCAAAACCCAGUAGAUGUGGCAAAUAUAGCUGAAUUCGGGCCUCUUCAAUGCGGAAACAUGUUGCCAGAUAUGUGCGCUGAGGCUGACAACAUCAACUGCGUGUACAACGAAAGCUUGCCCAUAGAUCAGUCUCAGGUGUACAUGAAGAUUUGUGAAGGCCCUUGCCCUGCCGCCUACCCCUGGACUGGAAACCCUGAUGGGGUAAAAGGAAUGGCUAAUUUCACCCCAGAGAAAAUAAGGAAAAUUUGAAGCUUUGGAAGCGUGAGACUGAUUUUAUUUUGGAUUUCAGCGUGCAAUUACAGAAAUUGAAAUCAUAAACCAAGUCGGGAACUAUUAAAAAAAUUACUAAAAUUAUAUUUCAUCAAUAAAAAGUAUUUGAACGUUUCUAUAAUUACUUUUUUACCGAUCAUAAGUCUUUAAACUCCCACACUUCGCAUAAUUUGAAAAUAAAAUAACAUGUCAUACAUUAAUUUGCUUUGAUGGAAAGCUGUUUUUAAAAGCGAUCAAGUCUAUAUAGGAAAUAUAUUUUCAUCGCAUUAAUGUGUUGAAUAUCUGGAUAACUGGACUGAUGUCGUAUAUGAAUGACUCAUGUCAAAAUUUUAACUUAUUAACAAUAGAUCAAUAGAAUUCCAAUGAUAAUAAUAAUAAUAAUAAUAACUCGUAAAACAAAUUUUCUGAAUUCCUCUUUGGUAGAACAAUUGACAUAAAAUGCCUUAGUAAAGGCUAACUGGAUGAUACUGCACAACAUCGUCAACAAAUUAAUGAGGGCGAUAACCAUUUAAUUUAGGUUAAGCAUUAUUUCAGCACAGUCUGGUACUUAGAAAUAACUUUUUAUCACUUUUCCAACAAUUGCAUUUAACAAGGAGUUUAUAAUCUUAUUUAUUUAUAUAAUUUCAUUCAUUUCAGCCUAAAUACCUCGUGUGAUU